UGAGAGGUACCGGCUCCCUGGGCUGGGUUGUUCCCUACCUCGUGCCUCGGUUGACGCCUUGCACUGUCCUGCCCCGGCGGAGGGCUUUUGAACUCUGGAAACGUUUUUCUUAAAUGCGCUCAGUCCUCUUUGCAAAGCCCUACCUUCCCUGCUGAGAAAGCGCGGCGACUCAUCAUCACCCAAGCCCGGGAUGCUGUUAUUGCAAGACCGCCAAAACCUGUUCUGAGAACGAGUGUGCUGACCUAGGGACCCCCCGGGAUUGGAGUUGUCAAGAGUAUGGUUUUUCUUAUGGAAAAAUAUUCCGUUAUUUCAUGAUGGCAUUUGCACCUCCAAAAAGCAUAGAUGGUCCCAAAAUGCAGACAAAGAUGAGUACCUGGACACCUUUAAACCAUCAGCUUUUGAAUGACCGGGUAUUUGAAGAAAGAAGAGCUCUGCUUGGAAAAUGGUUUGAUAAAUGGACAGACUCUCAACGGAGAAGAAUCUUGACAGGCCUGUUAGAACGUUGCUCCCUGUCACAGCAAAAGUUCUGCUGUCGAAAGCUUCAAGAAAAAAUUCCAACAGAAGCUCUGGAUUUUACUACCAAGCUUCCAAGGGUGUUAUCUUUAUACAUCUUUUCUUUCCUGGACCCCCGAAGCCUUUGUCGUUGUGCACAGGUGAGCUGGCACUGGAAGAAUUUAACUGAGCUGGAUCAGCUCUGGAUGCUCAAAUGUUUACGAUUUAACUGGUACAUCAAUUUCUCUCCAACUCCCUUUGAGCAGGGUAUAUGGAAGAAGCACUACAUUCAAAUGGUAAAAGAACUUCAUGUUACCAAGCCUAAGACACCUCCAAAAGAUGGGUUUUCCAUUGCCAACGUUCAACCAGUUACAAGCAAUUCUGCAGAGGAAAAGCAGUCUCCUGCAUCAGCUUUCAGGUCCUCUUCCUCUUUGAGAAAGAAAAUCCAUCCAGGGGAGAAAGAGCUCCCACCCUGGCGAUCUUCUGACAAGCAUCCAACUGAUAUCAUUCGCUUCAAUUACCUGGACAACUGUGACCCCAUUGAGCAAAUCUGGCAAGGAAGGAGAAAAAGACAUGAAAUGAACCCAGAUUUCAGUCGACAAUCGCAUGAUAAGAAAAAUAAAUUGCAGGACAGAUCUAAGCUAAGGAAAGCACAGUCACUGAUAUGCCUAAGUGCAGAACCCAGCGCUCCUCUCCAAGUUCCCGCUCAUCUUGCCUGGUCUCAUCGAUGGGCAGGGCUCCCGGCCACCAAAGCAGCCACAAAAAUCCUCAUGCAACAUCUUCAGAGGCACUCUGGGCUUCAGGCAUCACCCAGCCAGCCUCCAGAUCCGAAGUCAAUUUAAGAAUGUGAAAGGAUUUUGAUAGAAGUGACAAGGUGCUCUACACAUUGGAGAGUUGGAUGUUACUUGGGUCCUCUCUUAGAAACUUUGAGCUUAGGUACCUACUUGGGAAAGGGAGUUCUACAGUAUUUCAGUCAAAGGUAUUCAUGGUAUAAGUGCUGACAUAGUUACAAACUUAGACACAAAUGUGAGGCUAGAUACCAUGGGGUUGAUAAAGGGACACAGGAUAGCAACAGUGGUAAUAUUGGGAGUGUGGGGCAGGGUCCCAGAAGAUGCAGACAGCACACUCCCAAGGCUACUUGAGCAGUUUAAUGACGGGGCUGUUUACCAUGGUGUCUCGUUGGCUAGAGCUGCCAUCACAAAGUACCACGGUCUUCAUCUGUUCCAGCAGCCAUAACAAAAAUACCAGAGAUGAGUGGCUUUUAAACAACAGGCAUUUAUUUUCUCACAGCUCUGGCGGCUGGGAACGCUAAGAUCAAAGCGUCGGCAGGGUUGGUUACUUCCGAGGCCUCUCUCCUCGGCUUGGGAGGGUGGGUGGCCACCUUCUCCCCAUGUCUUCAGUGGUCUUCUUUCUGGGUGGGGUCUGUGUCCUCAUCUCAUCUUAUUAUAAGGAUACAAGUCAGAUUAGACUAGGGCCCACCCAUAUGACCUCAUUUAAUCUUAAUUACCUCUUUGAAGACCCUAUCUCCAAAGACAGUCACUGUUUUGAGGUCCUGGGGGUUAAGACUUCCAUAUAGGAAUCUGGGUGGGGGGUUGGGGGACUGGAACACAAUUCAGCCCACAACAACAGUGUAGGGAGGGUUAAGAGAAUCAAGAUGAGAUGGUGAAGCACCUAGGAACUAGCAACAGUGGAAGCCUUUGUUACCCUGUGGCGUGAAGAGGCAGAAGGGAAAGGGCCUGUUGUUCCUAGAACCCAGUGAGAGCUGUAGCCACAGAGAGGGGCUGCCGAACAUGAUGUAUGCUCUGUGGUGGAGGAACACAGUCACUGUAGAUAACAAGGCCUGGCAGGGAAGGAGGAGGGAGAAGCCCUCUCUCUCCCCACCCCUCCACACUCCAACAGCACCUGGCUUUGGUCAGACCCAUCCAGAAGUCAGAGAACAAAGACAACCGGGGAGAAACAUGGCCAGGAGUGAGUGGGCGGGGUACUAUAUGAGUGGGACAGUGAGGAAUAACCAGCACAAUGGGGGCAAUGUAAAAAUGUCCAAAGAAGGAAUUAUAAUUGAUUUUUAAGCAAUGUAAAUGGGCUCCAAAGAGUCAUUGGAAAGCAGAAAAUUUUACCUGGCUGCAAAAAUAUUAGUCAUACAUUCUAAACUAAACCACCUACUCAUGUAACCAUUUCAAGGUCCCAAAAGUUAACCAUUCUAGGAUACUUAGUUACCUAAGUAAAGCAGAAUGAUAGAAAACCAAAUGUUUGUCAAUCAUGUAAUGUUGAACACUCAUGUUCUUGUAUUCCAUACUGUAACAUACAUAUACAGAGUUGUUUUUGAAUGGUUCAAGAUGGUGGCCUGGAAGGAUGGCCCAGGAUGCAGUGUACAGUGGUUUCGAUGCCCAAAUGAUUGGUGUAGGACAAAACAGAACCAACCUACAAUUGAUUAGUUUGCACCACCCAAGGUGAUACUAACACAUGACUCUGAGGCAGAGAAUUAAAAAAAAAAAACAAAAACAAAACACCCAGGAUGAGACCUGGUGUUCUUCCCAUGGGCAGAGCAGAUGGCUAUCAGUUAAGAUUUCCUCUUCCUGAAGGCGGAGCCCUCAUGGUCAGCCCUCAGGAGCCAAGGGCUGCUGUGCACCUGGGGUGGCCUACAGCUCCAGGAUUCUGCCCUGCUUUGCCCCCCGGAUUAUGUCAGGAUCCAGUCACAUUGUGGGCCAAUAUUUGAAUGGACCAGUCUGGAGUAUGUCCCUGUCUCUUCUGAAAUAAACCAGAAUCUUCUGGGGCAAGGACCUAUCAAGAGAAAGAAGGGCUUAUCUAGUACAAGUGGCUACAUCUUGUCUCAAGCUGUAUUUGGGUUAUCUAUUCCUAUAAAACAAACCAGCCCCAAACUUGGUUGCUUACAACAACAGUCUGUUAUUCUCCUCAUAAAUCUACAGUUUGGGAGGGGCCUCGGGAAGAGCUUAUCUCUGAUCCACACAACAGUCUCUGGGUCCUUCCAAUAGAGGGCUGGAAGAUCCAAUUCCAAGAUGGUGUAGGGACAUGGCUGGGAAGCGCAUGCGAGUCUUUCACUGGGCGUUCAGCCAGGGCUGAGGGCAGGGGUCCCUGUUCCUCUUCAUUUGGGCUGGAGUUCUUGUAGCAUGGGGACUGGGUUCUAAGGAUGAGCAUCCCAAGAGAGAGACGGGUGGACUCUGAAUCACCUCUUUUGUCCUAACCUCGCAAGUCUCAUAGUGUCACUCCACUAUGCUCUGGUGACGAGUUUCAAGAAGAGCAGGCAGGGAUUUGGGAGAGUUGCAAGGUUCUGGAAGAACAUGUGGGAUGGGAAAUAUAAUUGGGGCCAUUUUAGAAUAGACUGUUUGCCUCAGGAUGGUUCCUUGUGUGACCCUUAGUCAUCAUUGGUCACACCACAGGCCGGGUGGCUUAAACAAUAGACAUUUAUUUUCUCACAGCUCUGGAGGCUGGAAGUCUGAGAUCAAGGUGUUGGCGGGUUAGCAUCUGGUGAGACCUUUCCUUUGGGGUCACCUUUUCUUUGUGUGCUCACAUGGCCUCUCCUUGGUACCUGUGUGUGUGGGAGAGGUUUUCCCUGGUGUGUCUUCUUAUAAGAACACCAAUCCUAUCAGAUCAGGACGCCACCCUUAUGGCCUAAUUUAACCUUCCUUCCUUCUUCAUGGCCUCAUCUCCAUACAGUCAUUCUAGGGGUUCAACAUAUGAAUUUGCAUGGGGACACAAGCAUUCGAUCCAUAACAUUUCCCCAUAGUGAUAUGAAUUAGAUGGUAAUUGAGAAAGAUAAAUUUAUAUUGCUAUUCCUUAAUUUAAGAAAACUAUCGAACUCCAACCUUGUGCCAGACUCUCUGCUAGGCUCUGGGAAUAUAGGGAGGGGGAAAAAAACUUCCUGCCUUUAAUGGGUUUAUAACCACGGGGGAGACAAAGCAGCCAUUCAAAUAGAGCAGGGGCUGCAAGGAGCACCAGCUGUGACAGCUUUGGGAGGGGACAGAUAAACCCCUCCAUCUGGAGCUGCACAGGGGAUGGCCAAGCAGAAAUAGAGGAUGAGUGGUACCGAGGAGUCAGUAGGAGGCGGGACAGAUGAGUGGAAGCAUUUGGGAGAAAGGAACAGAGUACAUGGAGACCCAAGGCAAAACUAGGGUGACAGCCAUCCUGGUUUGCCCAGGGCUGGCCUGCUCUUAGCACUAAAGUCCUCCCGCAUCCAGGAACCUCUCAGUCACUGUGCCUUGUCCAUGCCCUGGAGAUAGUCCAGCAUAGCAGGGUUGGUGAGAGAGAAAGCUGAAAACGUCGGCAGGAGUCCAAAUUUAGGGACCAAGGCACACUAAGGAGUUCAGACUUUAUCUUGACAGAAGUUGAGCAAUCAAGAAGUGAUCUUAUCCAGGGCAGUGACUGGCUAAGACUUGGAUGUAGGAAGAGCUCUAUCUGCUGGAUAAUUAAGAAGAGGGACAAUUCUGCAGGGUUGGUCAGGGAGGCAUUGCAGACUUCCAGGGACAAGACAACGGUGACUUAAAGUAAUGCAGGGGGAGGGAGAGAACCCUAGGAUUUAGAAUAGCUUAAGGAGAAGUAACAGAACUUGGAAAUACAGAUAAGUGACGGCGGCGGGGGGGGGUUGUUGGUGAGAGACCAGGAGAAGUCAAGAAUGGCUCCCCGGUUUCUGGCUUGGGCAACGCAAAAAGUCUUGGGAAGUAAUUUGGAUGGUUUGGAAAGACCUCCCCUUCACCACCCUGCGCAAGAAUACCAACAAAGCGGCUGUUCUGCUUCCCAUACAGCUCUUGUUGACCUAGAAAUUCUCGGUUAUUGCGCCACUGACCCAGAAGUCUCAGCCACAGCCACUAGACUUACAGGAACAGAAGGAGGCUGGGAGCAAGAGAGGGAAGAAGACGGGCAUUUAUUAUACUUGAUACUCCCUAAACGAUUUGUGUCCUCUAUCUUAUUUAAUUUUGGCAAAAAUCCUUUGAGGCAGUCAGGUUGUUAUCCUCAUUUCAUAGCUGCAGAAUUGGGGACAAAGUGAUGGGGCGCCAGUGGCCACAGCCACAAGCAGGCAGAGCUGGGCUUUAAACUCAGGUGUGUUUGACCAUAACUGUUUUUGUUGUUGUUGGUUUUGUUGUUUUUUGUUUUUUACAUGCUGUUUCCCUCAUGAGCACUAGUUUCUACCUGAGUGGACAUUCUGCACGUCUACUGCCAUACUUGACUCCAUCUUCAUUCAGCAUUGAAGGGUGAAGACCAAGGCAAGGACUUCCCCCACUCUGAGAAGCCAGCUGAAGGUUGUUUCCAGGAGCAAGGAUGGCGAGAGAGCUUCUUAAUCCUUUGUAACUGGUCCCCGCGCUUGUUGUACAUGCAAAAACCCUAAAGCCAGGGGACCUACGUAAUUAUCUUUGGGAGCAUCAGGGCUAGGAGAAGCUAUGGAGACAGUGUCCCAGUCAACAGCCAAUUUAGGGAAGGAGGAAGUGUCGGGAGAUGAAAGUCAAGAGAUAGGGAGCUAGGGGAAAGACACAAAAGGGAAGAAAGGAACGCGUGAUGAGUUUCCAGGGCCUCCCUCCAAAGGAUAGGUGAGCUUGUCUAAACCUUACAGGGCCUCUGGAAACCUAACAGCGGGACUCCUGUGACCCCUACAUGGGAGGCUGCACUCCCAGCUCCAGGGACACCCUGGAGCCUCAAGAGAAACUCCAGUGCCAACCCCAGCUCCUUCUUAACCAGCGAGGUUUGCAUUUUGAUAUGAAUCUUGGCUUAUCUCCUGCGAGGUCUUAAUCUUUCUGUAUUCACGUAGUAAUCUAUCCAUUUUGUUUCUAGUCUUCUAUUGUUAUUUCUGCGUAUAUUUUACUCUCCCCAACCCCCCACCCGCCUUCUGGACUGGGAACUCUUCAGAGGAUCCCAGUUUCAUUCACUCUGUAUUUCCACAUUUUCUUUUAUGCAGGAGGGGCAUAACUGGAGUUUGACUGUUGUCACUGGAAUGUCAUCAGAAAGUCUGAUAAUGUUCAUUUCUCAGCCGGCUUCUUUAUCCACUGACACUGACAGAGAAUGGACACGAGAGGGCGCUCCUUCCCCACUAUCUCAGUCCAGGGAGCCGCUCCUUUGCGGCCUGUUUCAGUCUCUUGAAAAUUCAGAUAUGACUGAUAUCGGGGCAAACAUAUUUUUACUACUAUUGGGGAGAGGUUCGAGGCAAUUUUGCAUAUUUAUAGACACCCUUAGGGAAAUAUGUAUUCAACUCAGGUCUUUGAUUUCAUUCAAAUCAAUCAAAUACCCACAAAGUCAGUUUUUGAAGAACUUAAGGUCUAAGAAGAAACAUAUAUUUUAAAAAAGUAACCUACCACUUUACACCCGUUAGGAUGGCUAUUGUCGAAAACAUCAAUAACAAGUGUUGGCAAGGAUGUGGAGAAAUUGGAACCUUUAUGCAAUAGUUGGUGGGGUUGUCAAAUGACAGAUGCUAUGGAAAAAUUAAACCUAGAAUUACCCUAUGACCCAGAAAUUCGGGUGUAAACCCCAAAGAAUCGAGAACAAGGAUUCGAAGAGAUAUUAGUCUCUCCAUGUUCAUAACAGUAUUAUUUAUAAUAGUCAAAAUGUAGAAGCAACACAAGUGUCCACUGACAGAUGAGUGGAUAAACAAAGUGUGUUU